AUGGCACCACAGCAACCUGAUUACUUCGUCGCCGUCAGUCAUAUGGAACAGCUCGAGCCUCUCGAACGACAAAUCCACUCAGAGUCGCCUGUUUCGCCGAAAGGGUUUACCUUGCCCGGAGGCGCUCCUGCCUACGUCAACCAACCCUCCGGCAAGAACAUACCCAGUAGCCAAAACUACACGAACGAUCUUCCUUCCCCGCCUUCCACCAUCAAAACCUCACCCUCAGCCUUAUCCCCGCACUACUACCAGAAGGGCCGUCUCAUCUCGCCGCCGAUCAGCCACUCGACGUCUCUCCAUGGUAAAGGUGUCGAGCAGGUCGACGACUGGCGGGAAUUCACAAGGAGACAGCGAGAACAAUUCCUGGGCGAGAAGGCACACAUGGAAGUGGACAGGGCUCGAGCCGAAGAGGUGAUGGCGGAGGAGCGGUCACUCUGGGACAAGGAGCGCGCAUUGUAUGAGGAGCGCAUCGCGGGACUCGAAGCACAACUUGCGGCAUUCACUGGUCCUUCUCAAAAAUCCUCUGCCACUUUUACUUUAUCACCGCCUGUUGAUGCUGCGCAGAAAGCAUUCGUGCAGCAGAGCCCAAGCAUUGCCUCAGAUGCAACCACCUCUCGAGGUAGCAAUCUUGGGUCGCCGCUCUCGAGAUCGGUGACCCAGGAAUCUGGCCGCAAUCCUGAUGGCAGUCCCUUCUACGCUCCUGCCCCAAAACAUCCAUCACGGACAUUCGGAGGCACAUCCACUUUAGACCAGCGGGUCGACGACAUGUUUACUCUACGCGAGACUGGUCUUCGUGUGACAUCCAAGGAACUCAGUGAAUCAGACUUUCAAAAAAGCCCCGACUCAGGUGAGCAGUUUUCACCUCGAGAAGACACCGUGAUAGGCGACAGCAUCGACAUCUCGCUCAUACAGCCCGAACUGGAGGGCGUACCCAUCAAGUCAUCCGCGGUGGCUCCCAUGUUUGCAGCCCAAAUACGCAGCCCAUCCGGCACGAUGAUGUCGCCUAGUAAAUUCUCCCCUGAUACUGCACCGCCGCCGCGACCUAGCCAAAGCUACGACCGCCACAGUUCGAUGUUGGGCCCACGAAAGGCCCGGGAUAUUAUCAAGCAGCCGGAGGGUCGUCGACUUACGAUGCACGCAGGCCAUACGCCGAACCAUUCGGUGAUUUACUUCGAUCUCGGCGAUAGUGGGGUCACGACACCGAAGUCCUCGGCGCGGGGCCCAGAAUCCAUUCCUACUGUGGCCGAGCAGGAUGAGUCUCCAAUCGAGGACCCAGAACUCUCAGGUCCGCUGGGCCUGACAAAUGAUGCGCCUGAGGAUAAGCAGUUCCUCGCUGCUCUGACGAGUAAGCUUGAGGAAGUUGCGGAGAGCGAGAGGACAGAGGAGUUGGAUGAGCAGGAGCUGAGUGAUGGGCAGGUGCUACAGAAUGCGCUGCGGGCUAUUGGGCGAGUAAACGGGUCAAGGAGAGAUGAUGAUGAAGAUGGCGAGGGCCUGGUCGCUAUAGCGUCGACGGAUGAUAUCCCGAUGCUUAAACUUAAGCAGACGCCGAAUUUUGGAAGGCCACUUGGCUCGUUAUGA